CAAAUAUAACAAUUGUUUUGUAUCUUUGCAGGCGUUGACUUUCUACCAGUGCAACUACUUAACAGUUGAGGAUUUGACAAUAAAGAAUGGCCAACAGAUGCAUGUGUCCUUCGAAGAAUCUAAGAAUGUUAUUGCUUCUGGUCUCACCGUGACAGCACCUGAAGACAGCCCAAACACUGAUGGAAUUCACAUCACAAACACUCAAAACAUACAAAUCUCGAACACAGUUAUAGGAACUGGUGAUGAUUGUAUAUCAAUAGAAAGUGGAUCCAUGAAUGUGCUAGCCACAAAAAUAACCUGCGGACCAGGCCAUGGUAUCAGCAUCGGAAGCUUAGGGUCUGCGAAAUCCAAGGAUUUUGUUUCAGGAGUAAUGGUAAACGGAGCUAAAUUUUCUGGAACUACAAAUGGAGUAAGAAUUAAAACAUGGCAGGGAGGUUCAGGAAGUGCAAGCAACAUCAAGUUUCAGAACAUUGAAAUGGACAAAGUAACGAAUCCCUCAUCUUCAACCUCUGAAACUCACCCUUUCAUAUUCUCCAACUUCUCUCUUGAACCACACCGUAGGAGUGUUCGUCCAGUUGUGAUCUUCAUUUUGGACCGAACAGAAAUUAAAUCCAACCUG